AUGUCCUGGGACGACGAAGAUUUUGCAGUGCCAAGUGGCUCCAAAGAGAAGCCAGUGUUGAAUUCAUGGGAUGAUGAGUUCGCUGAAAACGACGAUGAGCCGGUACUAGAGUCCUGGGAGGACGAGGAGACUGCUAAACCUAAGCCUAAGGCAGCAGCAGCAGCUGCAGCCAAGGCUCCAAAGAAAGCCUCUCCAUCACCAGCUGCUACACCAGCUGCUACAAAGAACACCAUGCUCGAUAUCGAUACUCUUGACGACAAGACCCGUAAAGAACUAUUGAGAAAGGCUGAACUGGAAUCUGAUUUGAACAACGCUGCAGACCUUUUCGGCGGUCUUGGCGUCGCAGAAGAACAUCCAAGAGCCCGCGCCGAACGUGAAAGAGAACAGCUUGCAGCUGUCGCCCAACCUGCUGCGUUGACCAAGGAUACCCCAAUCCAAUCGCACCCAUUGUUCUCGGAUUUGGAAACCAAAAAAGAUUACCAAGAAUUAAGGAAAGCGUUGGCUACCGCAAUCACCUCGACAAGCAACAAAUCCUUGUUGAACUACUCUGGUGGACUAGCCAUCGACUUGAUCAGAGACAUUUCCAAACCAAUGACCGUCGAAAACAUCAGACAAACCAUUGCGACAUUGAACGUAUUGAUGAAGGAUAAAGAAAGAGAAGAAAGACAAGCUCGUUUGGCCAAAGUCAAGGGAGGCACCGCCACAGGCGGUGCCGGUAAGAAGAAGGCCAAGGCUACUAGGGCUAACCUCGGCGGUGCCUUCAAGAAGGAUAACGAUUUCGACCUAGGUGGUAACGAUAACUUUGACGAUUUCGGAGAAGACGAUUUCAUGUAA